UGAUUUUGAGCUUUGCAAAUUCAUCGCGCAAAGUUUUUGUAAAAUUCAUCAUAAUAUAGCCAGACGCCAGUUCAGCUCAAAUUAGGAGGGAGAGAGAGACACGCGAGGCUGACCGUUGAAAUUUGCUGAUAAACAGAGGGAAAUGCGCGCCUUCCUUCGUUCCUAAACAUUCUGUGUGUGGCCGUGUCAACCGCGCCACCAGCAACACCAUCACCAUGGCCGCGGUUUCUCCACCGCUCCUCCCUGUCUCCGUCCUCCCGGCGGCGACCACCACCACCACCACCAUCGUCAUCCCCGUUCCGGACACCACCUCCUCGGCCGCCGACCAGCGCGCCUACCUCGCCCGCCUCCUCGACUCCGCGAAGCGCUCGCUCUCGGGCGCCCGGCCCUGGGCGGAGCUGCUGGACCGCGCGGCGCUCUCCCGCCCGGACACCCUCGCCGACGCCGCCGCCCGCGCGCGCAAGAACCUGGCCUACUUCCGCGUGAACUACUCCCUGCUCGUGGCGCUCUCCCUCGCCGCCUCCCUCCUGGCGCACCCGUUCGCGCUGGCCGCCCUAGCCGCGCUCCUCGCCGCCUGGUGCGUGCUCUACCUGCUGCGCCCCGCCGACGCGGCCCCGCUCGCCGCGUUCGGCCGGACCUUCUCCGACAGGGAGACGCUGGGCGGGCUGCUGGCCGCGUCCGCGUUCGUCGUGUUCCUCACCUCCGUGGGCACGAUCGUCUUCUCCGCGGUCGCCGUCGGCGCCGCGCUCGCCUGCGCGCACGGCGCGUUCCGGGUGCCCGAGGAGCAGCUGUUCCUGGACGAGGACGUCCAGGUGGCCGGUGGCGGCGGCACCUCGUUCGACCUGCUCUCCUUCUUCACCAACGCCGCCGGAGGAGGAGGAGGAGGGCGUGGCUGAGGCGCCGAUCGUGCCCGGGGCCUGUACGGCAUGCCGUUGAUUCGCCAUUCCAUUAUUAUUAUUAUCGAGUAGUACGAUCAAAGAUAAGGUAGAGCUUAGAAGGCGACGGAUUGAUUGAGGAUACUGUGUAAUCAAUUUUGUUACUGAUGAUCAGAUGGUGUGGUUUGUUU